GAACUGUGCACGUGGGUAGCGAAGCCGCGCCCCUCCCGGGCAGUGAGUGUUUCUCAUCAUCUCCCGCCGUACCUGCACGAGCGCAGCAAGCAGAGCGAACUCGCGCCCGUCCGUCCAUCCGCCCUCCGUUUUGACGCGUGCGGCGGUGCGGUCCGGCUGCCGCAGCACGCGGGCUUCCCUGCCGCGAGCGCGCUGCUGGGAUGCGCCGGCGGUGAGGGGGGACGGACAAACAAACAAGGAGGUGUCGCUGGAGUGUGAUGCCGCGGAGCGAAGAGCCGGUGCGUUUGUGCUGCCGUAGAGCGCCGCGCGCACCCCCUUCGACUGCAUGGAGGCGCAAGGAGGGGCAGGGAGCCCAGCCGAGCCGAACAAAGACGUCCAGACCCUUCUGAAGCCGUCCGGCUCGGGAGACCUGACCACGGAGUCAUCCCACAGUCCCUCAGGAGAGGAUGACAUCUCCGUGCCCACCUCUGGGCUGCUCCAGGUCACGGAGAGGAGACAACCCCUGAGCAGCGUCUCAUCGCUGGAGGUGCACUUUGACCUCCUGGACCUCACCGAGCUGACGGACAUGUCUGACCAGGAGCUGGCAGAGGUUUUUGCCGAUUCCGAUGAGGAGAACCACAACGAAUCCCCUGCUGGUCACCGCCAACCCCCUGUGCCGCGGGGAGGAUACGCACGCUCGCCCUCCUGGACCCGUUGCAGCAGAGGGGAGCAGCCGCGUGACAGGAAGCACCACAGUGACUCGGAAAACACAGAACCCUUCCUGAAGACAGAGCGGGCUAAGCAGCCGUGAGCGGCUCGGCUCGGCUCUGCAACCCGGAGACCAAUGGUGCUAAAUAAACUGGCUCAGCUAAGCGCUGUGCCUUGUAAACUAUGCCAGUGAAAUAUCCAUAACACACACGCAUACAUGCACACGCUCCUUCGGCAUAUAUGUACGCGCUCAUUUUAUCGUCACUCGUCAUUCGGUAAGCGAAAUGGGUCGAGUACCGGAUCUCCACUUAGGCACCUCCUGGGUGUAGACCUGUGUCAAGAACACCCAGACGUGGUGCAUGCUGGGAGCUGGCUACAGGAGCCAGAGGGAUCAGCACAAAGACUAGGUUAGGAUUGCACCCGCUAGGACUGUUUGUUGGUGUGAACAAAUAUGAGGAGAGUCUCCUAGUGCUGUCCUCUCCACAAUGCUUGUCAAGUGGGCUUCCUACAAGUCAUUAUGUGAACCACGUCAGCUGUGACCCAUUUCAACACCAGUGUGUGUUGCGCUGCCUUUAGAGGAGCUCUGGUGUCAAAGCAGCCAACAGAUAGUUAAAAUAUAAGAGAGACACAUACACACUUGGUAGCAUUGCGGUAGCAGAGCACCUUUUUUCAUGUGCCUGUUGAUUAGUUGAUCAAUUUUAAAAGUACACAAGUAAACUCGCUCGGUGAAAACACAAGAGUGGACCAUUCCCAUGCCAAUAUUUAGCAAUUCCCCCCCAUCCUUCUAGCAUUAAUGAGAGGAAGGGGGGGAAAAAAAAAAAAAAAAAAACAUUUGCCAUAGGGAACCAAAAUCCACAACACCCUGCCAUUCAUAAGAAGAAAAUUAUUCAGGAGUUUCCUCGCAGUAAACAUAUGAAGUUUUAUCCGGUUCUUGCAAAGCGUUCAGAUUUCAGCUUCCAAUUACAUGCAAUGAAAGCGAAAGCGACAGAAAAAUUACUAUUAACAUAAGAAUUUAGGAAAAGCGAGGUUUUCAGGUUCUGAGACACUGGACUCCUUCGAAUCAUCAUGUUGUAUCAUUUGCAUUGCUGGUAAAUAUAAAAUGCGGUGAAAUACAUAAAACCUGUUGUGUUUACUUCAGAAUGACCUAUUGUACAGCGUUUGAUUGUCAGUAAGUAUGCAGCGUAUGCUGCUGUGCGCUAGGCAAACAUU